GAUUAAAAGGUAGUUGAAACGUGUCUUCACAACAAUCUAUUUGUCACUGGGAAGAUGAAAACUCUGCCUUUGAUUUUAGUCACUUUGGCCUUACUCGCACCAACAAUUUGGGCGGCCUCAAUAUUCGAAUUCGAUAACGAAAACUCCCUAGCAGAACAUGCUCGUGCAGUAAGACAAGCAGAUAGCGAGGGAGGAGCAGAUGAUUAUGCUGACGAUUACGAUGAAACCGAUGAAGGUGAAGAUGCUGAAGAAGGUGGGGAGGCUGGUGUCAGUGACGCCAAUGAAAGUGGCGAAGCUGCCGGAAAUGAGGGCGCUGCUGCAGCAGGGGAAGAUGAAGGGAAAAGUGGAGACAAUGGUACCACUGUAAGCGAUGGGAAUAACGAAUCCGAUGGAAGCAACGUUAAUAAUGACGCUAAUGGCACCAGUGAAGUCGGUGAUGACAAUACUCCGGGCGUAAGCGAGGGAAAUGCUGGAGAUGGUGAUGCAUCCGAUAACAGUCAAACCGAUGAAGGCCAGGAAAGUGUCGGAGGUAAUGAAGCUGGAGAAGGCGACGGAGACAACGUAAAUGACGGAGACAAUGGGAAUGACGGAGAUAACGCCAAUAAUGGAGACAGUCCAAUCACAGAAAGCAAUCAAAGCAGUAGUGACAUUGGAAACGCUGGCAACACCAGUGGAAACGAUGGUUCUCCCAGCAAACCUGCUCAAGGGGCGAAUGACGGUAGUAAAGGACAAGGAGGCAAACGUCCUGUUCAGGCACCUAAGAGGAAUCCCGCAAAACGAAAACCUAAAAAACCUAGCCGCGCAAGUGGAAAGGCACGACGUCCCGCACGCCGGGGGAACAAGCAACCACAAAAGGGUCGUCAAAAUCGGCGACCCAAUCGUAAAACUAAUGCCCGAAGAAAUCAGCCAACCCGGGCUACUCAAAAAGUUAAUAAACAAAACAACAAACGUAAGCAAACUAAUCGCAACAACCGUAAACAAAAUAAUCGCAACAACCGUGCUCGUCGAGGUUAAUUAUUAGACAUCUUAAAAGUUUAAAGGGGCUGACUCCCUGUCCCUUUUCAUGUUGAACUUUGUGAGGAUUCAAUAAAAAUUGAAAUUAUCUACCCAAAGAACCGAAAUAUACAUUUACUCAUAA